AUGCUGCGGCGCACGGGUGCCGCGCGCUGGUCGCCUGGGGCCUGGUGCUACCUGCACCGUGCCCCCAUGUACACCGGCUUCGGGCGGGCACACGACGAUGAGCAGCGGGGGGACGGCAGCGAUCAGCACGUCCCCCCAUGGGCCUCCACCGUCCUGACUGGCGUGGACCUCAUGCGCAACAACAAGUACAACAAGGGCCUGGCCUUCACACGGGAGGAGCGCGACAAGUUCUUCCUGCGCGGCCUGCUCCCCGCCGCCGUCCUGGGCCAGGACAUCCAGGCCGAGCGCGUGGUGGUGAACAUCCGCGCCCAGCGCAGCGACGUGGACCGCCUGGCCUACCUGCUGGCGCUGGCCGAGCGCAAUGAGCGCCUGUUCCACCACGUCCUGCGAGGCCACCUGGCGGAGUUGCUCCCCGUGCUGCAGCACCCCACCACCGCGCGCUACUGCGAGCGCUUCAGCCUCAUGUUCCGCUCCCUGCCGCGCGGCCUGUUCGUCUCGCUGGAGGACGCGGGGUCCGUCACGCGCCUGCUCCAGAACUGGCCCAUGCGCCGCGUGAAGCUGGUGUCCCUCACCGACGGCUCCGCGCUGGGCGCCGGCGGCGACUGGGGCGUGCAGUCCAUCGGCUCCCCGCUCUCCCGCCUGGCGCUGAUGACGGCUGUGGGAGGAGUGCACCCCUCGCGCUGCCUCCCCCUCGUCCUCGACCUGGGCACCGACAACGCACGCCUGCUGGCCGACCCGCUGUACGUGGGCCUGCGCGCUCCGCGCGCGCGCGGCGAGGCGGCGCGCGCGCUCCGCGACGAGCUGCUCGCCGGCGUGCGGCGCCGCUUCGGCGCCUCGGUCCUCGUCGACGCCGCCGACGUGGACCACGCCACCGCGCAGGAGCUGGUGGUGGCGCACCGUGCCAGCCUCCCCGUCUACGCCGACGCCGUGCAUGGGGUCCCUGCCGCCGUCCUGGCGGGCCUCUACGCCGCGCUGCCCGCCGCCGGGGGCGCGCUCUCCGCCCACCGCUUCAUGCUUGUCGGCGACGGCCCCGACCUCGUGGCCGUGGCCGAGCUGCUGGAGGAGGCGGUCCAGCGCGAGCACCGCUCCGGCACGGUGUGGGAGGCGCGCAAGCGCAUCUGGCUCGUGGACGCGGGCGGCCUGCUGGUGCGUGACAGGCCCGACGCCGACGCCGUGGAGGACCACCGCCUGCCCUACGUGCAAGAGGAGGGCGCCGCGGCGCCCAGCCUGCUGGACGCGGUGCGCGCGGUGCGCCCCACGGUACUCAUCGGCCUGUCGGCCGGCACGCCGGCCUGGGCCUUCACCCAGGACGUGCUGCGCGAGAUGGCCACGCACUGCGACCGGCCCGUGGUCAUGCCCCUGUCGCGCGCCGACGCCGACGGCAUCGCAGGCUUCGGCGAGGUCUCCGCCGCCGACGCGCACGCCUGGACCGGCGGCCGCGCGCUCUUCGCCGACGCGCUGACCAACCGCAGCCUGGAGGUGGAGGGGGUGGGGGGCAGGGAGGCGCGCGCCGCCAACCCCGUGUACAUCUACCCAGGCUUGUGCCAGGGCGUGAUCAUGUCGCGCAGCACGCGGCUGAGGGAGGACAUGCUCAUCGCCGCGGCGAGAGCCGUGGCCGAGGCGGUCACAGAUGAGGACAGGGCGCUGGGCGCGCUGUACCCGCCGCUGACGGCGCUGCAGGACACUGCCGCCAGUGUGGCGGCGGCCGUGGCGGCGGUGGCGUACCAUGCCGGGGUCGCCAGCGAGCUGCCCCAGCCCUCGGACCUGCUGGCCAAGGCGUAUGCCGUGAUGCACGACCCCACCUACCGCCAGUACGACUGA